AUCCAACCUCGUUCAGCUCUCUCGUCUGAACUCAGACCCCCUUGAGAGAGUCUUCGACCAGACAGGCUCCUCUUCUUCUUCUUCAUCAUUUCUUCUCAUUCUUGGGUCUUCCCCAGGCCUUUCUGUCUUUUUUUCUUCCUUCGAUCACAAAGAUGGAAAACCUGACUAUAUUGUCUUAUUCGGUUUCUUCUCCGAAGCCGUUUAUGGGUUGCAAUUUCUGCUCUUCUUCACUCAAAAACCCUACCGGGGUUUUCACCGGUUCCGGGAACUCGCUUCGAAGCUAUAGAAUUGUAGUCCGGAGUUCCAGAAUCUCAGCCUCCGCUCAAUCUCAGAGUCGUCAAUCUCGGCCGGCGACCUCGGCAGUUAUUGUGAAACAUGGAGGGAAUUCUUUUGCGAGUGUUUCUUCUUCGAGUGGUGAACAGACAACAUCCGUUGGUUACCCUAAUGUUGCAGUGCCACCAUCCUCUUCAAGCAUAGGAUCACCACUUUUCUGGAUCGGUGUUGGCGUUGGGUUUUCAGCUCUGUUCUCGUGGGUAACUUCAAGUUUAAAGAAAUAUGCAAUGCAAACGGCUAUGAAGACCAUGAUGAGCCAGAUGAAUAUGCAGAGCAAUCAGUUUAACAAUCCUCCAUUUCCGACGGGAUCUCCUUUCCCGUUUCCAAGUCCUACACAAAUGAGCUCGGCUCCUUCACCUGCUUCGGCUUUUCAAACCCCUCCCCCGUCGUCAGCUGCUACUGUCGAUGUCACAUUGACAAAAAAAGCAGAUGAACCUCCUUCAACGAAGCCACAACCUCCCCCUCCUUCUCCAGCAGCAACAGUAGAAACAGCUAAAGUUGAAACCGAAACAGAAACGAAGAGGGUAGACAAGAACUAUGCAUUUGUGGACGUUCCUCCUGAAGAAACCACGAAGGAAAAUCCUUUCAGUAACUAUGAAGAUACUGAAACUAGUGCUACCAAAAAUACUCAAAUGUUCGAGGAUGUUUUAAAGAAUGGAUCUUCUGCUUCACAGCCUGGUGCAAGUGGUUUUCAGUUUCCGGGCACAGGGAAAGGAGGGCCUGGUUUGUCUGUUGAAGCUUUGGAGAAAAUGAUGGAAGAUCCUACGGUUCAGAAGAUGGUUUACCCGUAACAUAUCUUCUUCUC